AUGAAUAUAAUUGCAACUAAAAUAAGAAUAGAGGAUGACGAAGAGGUAGAUAGUCAAGGACUCUUACUGCCUAAUGUUGCUCAACCUAUUAAAAAAAGAAAAAGUCAAAGAUUUCUGAUUAUUAUAAUUACUGUAUUUACUAUUGCUUCUAUCUUUGUCACCUUAACAUUAUUACAAACAGACAAUAGUAAAGAGCAGCAACCCCAUCUCAUUGUGGGAACAAAGGGUGCAGUUGCUGUAGAAACAAAAGAAUGCUCCGAUACUGGCCUCCAAAUUUUAAAAAGAGGAGGUAGCGCAGUGGAUGCAGCUAUUGCUUCUGCUCUUUGUAUUGGUGUUAUUAAUAGUUUUGCAACUGGUAAUAUGCAUACAAAAAUUGGUGGAUUCAUGUUGAUACGUUCACCUAAUGGUACAUUUGAAUACAUUGAUUUCCGUGAAACUGCACCUGCUGCCUCAUAUCGAGAUAUGUUUGUAAAGGACCCAAUGGCUGCUCAAAUAGGUGGAUUAUCGGUGGGAGUACCUGGUGAAAUAAGAGGUUUUGAAUUAGCACAUCAAAGACAUGGAAAAAUUCCCUGGAAAGACCUUUUCACAGCAGCUAUAGAUAUAGCUGACAAGGGAUUUAAAGUAUCUGAUCUACUGUACAGUAAACUAGUGAAAUCUAAAAAAUGGAUCGAGGCAUCUCCCGAAUUCUCUCGAGUGUUUGCUCCCACAGGGGUUAUUGCACAACCUGGUGAUAUCAUCAAAAGACCUACCUUAGCCACUACUCUACGAACUAUUGCUAAUGAGGGUUCUAAUGCAUUUUAUGAAGGAAAAAUUGCCGCAUCUAUCGUCAAUGCCACACAGGCCCUUGGAGGUAUCUUAACCCUUGAGGAUAUGAAGUCCUAUCAGGCCAAGAUACGUCCUACUAUCAGUACAAUUUAUCAUAGUCGUAAAGUGGUAACAACCUCUGGCCCUACAAGUGGACCUGCUCUCCUGAGUAUUUUAAAUUUAAUUGAACCUUAUUACUUUAACGUCACUGGUCCAACACCUCUUACCAUCCAUAGAUUUAUGGAAGCUCUCAAAUUUGGAUAUGCCUUCCGUACUGAAAUUGCUGAUCCAGAUUUUGUGAAAAAUCAAGUACGAUUAGAUGAGAUUAUAAGUAAGGCAUGGGCUGAUAAAACGAGAGAAAAUAUAACAGAUGAUGCAACGCAUGAGUAUUCAUAUUAUCAUCCAAAGUAUGAUCAUCAUGAUUCACAUGGAACCAUGCAGCUUUCUGUAAUUGAUGAGAAGAAUGGGGCAGUCGCAUUGACUUCUACUGUUAAUUUGAUGUUUGGUGCUAAAUUCAUGGACCCUGUUACAGGUAUUAUUCUAAAUGAUGAAUUAGAUGAUUUCAGUAUUCCUGGUAUUCCUAAUAGCUUUGGAUUAUAUCCCAGUCCUUAUAAUUAUAUAGAACCUUAUAAACGUCCUUUAUCUACUAUCACACCGACCAUUAUUGAAGAUACAGAAACAAAUGAAUUAUUGGUUGUAGGUGGUUCAGGUGGAUCACAAAUCAUGACAGCUACAUUAAAUGUUAUUCUAAAUACAUUUGAUUUCAAUAAGAAUCUAUUUGAGGCAGUACAACAUCCUCGCAUACAUCAUCAAUUACUGCCUAACGUUGUACAGUAUGAGACUGGAUUUGAGAACGACAUAUUAAAUGAGUUGGUCAAGAAAGGGCAUGCCGUAAAUAUAUAUAUAUAUACAUACAUAUAAAUAUAUAUAUUAUAGGCUAUUAAUUCUUAUAUAAUAUGUACAUAUAGAUUCGUAAUUUGAUUGAAACGGGCACUGUAUCUGCUUCUCAAGCCAUUAGAAGAUUUAGUAACGGUACACUUCAUGCUGCUAGUGAUCCAAGGAAAAAUGGUUUAGCAGCAGCCUAUUAAAUAUGCAUAUACAAUUUAUCUAUUUUUUAUUUAUUUUAUUUUGUGUGUGUAUUUUUUUUUAUUGCAAUUAUUAAUCAAAUUAUACUUGACAUAUAAUAAAACA